CAACAUGCUUUAAAGAUUUUAACCUAAAACAAUACAUUCCGUAUUGUAUUUUGCCGUGGUACUGAAAUUGCGUUAUUCUAGACAAGAACUUUUUUAGUUCCUGAAAUGUACUUAAAUUUAUUGUUUUACAUCUGUAGUUGUAAAGGAAAAAAUGAAGUGUGAACUGUGCACAGUAAUAAUUCUGAUUCUUAUGGUUUUUCCUUGUAAUGAAUGCCGAAAUAAAGCAAAAGAAGAUAGCGAAGAUGAGAAAUCAAAUAAAGAAAAUACAAUUUCAGAUAAAUCCAAUAGUAAUGAAGAUGUCGACGUCAGCAAUACAAACAUUAUUAAUUCAGUUAAAUCUGCCGCUGUUUUGCAAUUGCCGAAAUCAUCCGAAGAUAUUCCAUCGAAACCGAAGAAAAGCCCGUCAAAUUUGAAAAUUCAAACAGUCGCUAAACUAAAAGAAUCCUUAAAGCAUAUUCAAGGAGAUGAUGUCAAACGACCAGAAGAGAUUGAGAAAAUUAAAAACAGAUUUAAAAAAUACGAGGAGAUUAAGAAAGAAAUGAGCGAACUUAAUUUAUUUCCCAGGAGUGACUCGGAAAUUAUAAAACAACUUCUUGAGGACUAUAAAAGUGCCACAAAUGACGAAAAUAUUUUAACAUUUAUUGAAGACUUUGAUUAUCUCGUACACCAGUAUGAUAAUGCUCAGGAAUUUAUGAACUUAAACGGUUUCAAAGAGAUCAUUUAUCGUAACAUAAAUUCCACAAAUCCAAAAAUUCGUGCAGAAGCUUUAAAAUUAUUAGGAUCUGCAGUACAACACAAUGCCAAAGUUCAGAUACAUGCUUUAGAAACCGAUGCUGUAAAUAUUUUACUAAAAGUAUUGGCUAUUGAUUCCAACCAUUUUGUAAAAAUGAGAGCUGUUUUUGCAUUAAGCAGUUUACUGAGAAGGUUUCCUAUUGCGCAAUUUAAAUUCGUUGAAAACGCAGGUCUCAGUGUUUUUUCAACUUUCUUUGAUAAACCCCAAGAUAUCAAAAUUCAAUUAAAAAUUAUUACUUUAUUAAAUGACCUCUUGAUAGAACAUCAGCAUGCCAAAAAUGACAGUAAUGCAGUAGAUUUUGUUGAAAAGACAAAACAGUAUUCGUUAGUUAAUUUAAACGAACGUUUAAAAAACGAUAACUGGUGUCAAAAGAUAGAAAAUGUACUUAAAAAUGUGAUUUUGGUAGAUGAAAUGGAUCACGACUCGAUACAAAAGUGUUUAGAAUUCAUGAAAUCUGUUUCAGACAUUUGUGGUUCGAAUUAUUCGCAAAAUACUUUACGUAUUGUGAGAAAUCUUAGAGAAAUAUACGAAGAUUUAGUUUUUUCGGAACAGUCUGACGAUUUUGGUACCGAAUAUUACUUAGAUAUGCGGAACUUGUGUGAUGAUGUUUUAAAAAAUAUCACAAUGAAAGUAGUCAAAACUGAAUUGUAAAAAUUUAGUUAUUUCUGAAAAUAUAUUUUCAUUUUGCGAUGUUUACUUUUUAACUGACUUCCAAGUAAUAAAAAAAAACAUUGCAAUGUAGCUUAGCCUAUUAAU